CAUCACUUGUCACCAUAGAUCAGAAGAAAUAGCGGCAAAACAAAUGGAUAAAGAAGUGGCAAUUGGUAAAUUCUCACAUUCUCAGUACUCACCGGUUUUUUAUAUGUAUAGGAAUGUUCGAUUGGAAGACGCGGGGACACGGUUGUUUUUUCGAAAUAUCUUUUUCUGGAUGAAAACAAUUGUAGUGACCGUUUGAUCAGAUGUUUAGUGCAUGUGCAGGUACUUUUGCAUUGCACGUGAGCGAGUGCUGUGUUAAUUUAUGCUGCUGAAUAUUGAGAAGAUACCAUCAACGCUCCGUAGAAAGAAACAAUGCCUUCUUUCCAUGAUUUUGCCCUUUUCCGAACUACCAGUGCUUCGAUACGACGAUCAUCAAUCAUUCAGAUCUCAAUACAUAAUAAAAAUCAAUAGUAUUUGUUUGUUUGGAAAAUUCUAUUUUGUGAUUUUAGUUAAGGAAAUACAGACCUAUUUCUGAAUAAACUUUCCUUCAUGGUG